UCCGCGCUUAGGUGCGGACCCGCUUAAACUAAUUACUGAUGUUUUCAAUGUAACCUUUCACAUGGCGCGGGCGCCCCAUGGGUUGCCCGCGGGCCCGCCUCCACGCCUAGUUGCUACAGGGUACAGCGUCUAAUGCAUGUCUUCACACGUCGCGGGCAGGCCCGCGACCCGCGCACUUCUCCGGAGGAAACUCAUUCAAUAGUCUGCUGGAUUUCAACGUGAUUGGUUGUGCGUGACUGUCCCCUUGCAUUUAAUAUGGAGGCUAAUAUUGAUACAGAGCAGUUGAUAUCCCUUGUGCAAGAGAGACCAGCUCUGUGGGACAAGUCACGUGAAGAGUACAAAUCCCGAACACGCACCACAGAAUGUUGGAGAGAGGUGUGUGUCAAGCUCAACCCAGCCUUCGAGAGUUUAUCAGAGGCAGAUAAAAACAAGUAUGAUAUUUACAUAACUUUAACAGGGAAACAUAAGCCUGUAAGACUUGAUAUUGCUAACAUAGGUGAUUAUAGGAAAGAAAGCAACAGGAAAAAAGUAACAAGAGUACACCUAUGUUUUGAUUCAGGGAGCUUCAGUUCUCCACUGACGAUUGCCUUCCAAAAUGUUGAAUUAGAGAACACUGUAGGGUCACUGUGUAGUACAAGUAAGCUGAUAAUAAAUAAGUGGAAAAAUGUCAAGGAUCAGUACAUCAAAUCGGUCAAGAAGAGGAAAGGGAAGAGUGGCUCAGCAGCAAAGACUGUGAAGAACUAUAUCUUCCAUGAACAGCUUUCUUUCUUAAAGGUAAAUAUGGACAUGAGGGAAACAGAGUCAAGCUUUGAAGUUGAUUCUGAAAAAUCUCCCGGAGGACUUGAUGAAGAAAGAGAAGACAGCGAUGUUCUGGAGAAAGCCAGCGAGGUUGGUGAAGCUAGUGCAACAAAAAUGUCUGUUAGGAAUGCUCCAAAGAAAAAGAAAGUUGACAUUGAGAGAGAAAUCCUUGAACAUUUAGCAGCAGAAGAAAACCGUCAUAUUUCCUUUUUUAAAGGACUUCUUCCCUCUCUCGAAGGAUUUACCGAUGAUGAGAUUUUGCAGUUCCAGUCUGGUGUUAUUGGUCUGAUCCAGAACCUUAAAAAGACCCGUUCACUUCAAGUUCAUGAUUUACCACAGAAUCAAACCUACAUUCUGCCACAGCGGGCCCCCUACACUUCACACCCUCCACCCUAUUGGAACAAUCCGUCAUCAAGUGGACUACAAAGAACUGAACACAGCUCACCAUAUAUGCAUGGGUCCCAUGUUCAACCGCCGCCUACAUGUAGUACUUCAGUUUCACCAGUAUCUUCUGAGGUGUCAGAGCUUGGUUCCCCAUGUGAUGCAAACUUUGCAUAUAAAUACACUACUUUGCCUUGGACUACUUUGUACCUUAUGAGUUACGUGACAUUUAAUAAUGUAUUCACUUAA